UUCAGACUACAAACUGGAGACAGAAAUAAAUAUUAAAGAAAUCUUACAGGCAGGUAAAGGAGAAGAUAUGAAUUCGUAUUUCACUAACCCCUCUUUAUCCUGCCAUUUAGCCAGUGGCCAAGAUGUUAUCCCAAAUGUGGCCCUUAAUUCAACUGCCUAUGACCCUGUUAGGCAUUUUUCCACUUAUGGAGCAGCGGUUGCUCAAAAUAGGAUUUACUCUUCUCCAUUCUAUACACCGCAAGAUAAUGUUGUAUUUAGCUCCAGCCGGGGCCCCUAUGAGUAUGGAUCUAAUGCCUUUUACCAAGAAAAGGACAUGCUUACUAGCUGCAGGCAGAAUUCAAUGGGACACAAUACACAGUCUUCAAUUGCACAGGAUUUUAACAGUGACCAAAACAGAACCAAUGUCCAGGAACAGAAAACCAGCAUUCAGAUCUAUCCUUGGAUGCAGCGCAUGAACUCCCACAGUGUUUGUCUUGUGUCUGGUUCUCUAGGAGUUGGGUAUGGAACAGACAGAAGAAGAGGUCGCCAGAUCUACUCCCGUUACCAAACCCUGGAGCUGGAGAAAGAAUUUCAUUUCAAUCGUUAUCUGACCAGACGCAGAAGGAUUGAGAUCGCCAACGCACUUUGUUUAACAGAGCGUCAAAUAAAAAUCUGGUUUCAGAACAGGAGGAUGAAAUGGAAAAAAGAAAGUAACCUGACUUCUACCCUGUCUGGGAGCAAUGGGGCAGCUGCUGACAGCCUGGCCGGGGGGAAGGAAGAGAAGCGAGAAGAUAUAGAGGAACAGCCCAAAGAGUGAAUGGGGAUUCCCAUCACAAAUUCCACUCUCACUAUAACCUACAUCACCUCCUCCCCCGAGCUGAGAACAUUGAUUUGGACUGGCUGCAUCAGAGAAAGCAACAAAAAGAUAUAAAAUGAUACACACUUCUAUGUAGAGACAAAUGUGGACUAUCCAGUGAGCGAGAGGCACCUUACAGAUUGACAGCUUGCGUAGGGUUUUCAGGCUGUAGGUCAUAUUAUUCAUUUAUCUUGAAUAAAAACUGUGUUUCAGAGUCACACAUUUCCUUGUAAACAAACAUUGCCUGCAAACAAAGGGACAAAUCCCCCUGAAAGACUUUGCCUGUGUUUGUGUGUUUGGGAUGGACCAUGUACAAAUUUAAUGUCAAGAAACUCAAGCAAAUCCCAAAAUCUGCUCAGAGACCCCUUCCCUGUAAGCCGUGGCCAUGUACUAUUGCAUUUCUCCCCGAGAAUAGCCUGACUGUAUUUAAAAUGACACUUUGGAUCAUAUUCCAUAUUACAUACUGUGACAGUUAAUGUGUGAAACUUAUUUUUAUUGUGUCCGUGAUGUCAGUAUUUAUAUUUCUUUUUAGCACUGCAAUGUUCAAUAUUAGCAAGUAAAUGAAGUUUCUUAGUUGUAGAAAAAAAUGUUCCAUCUUGUGUUUCACUUAUUAUGUAUAAAAAUCACGUCCUAUGGACAAUCUGUUAAGUAUUUAAUAAAAUCGAUAUUAUUUUUAA